UUAGCGCCUGCGUAGAUAUCGUCUCGAGCAACCAAAGUAAAUAAUGGCGUCCGGAGUAGGAAAAUAUAGCUGAUAAAAUCAUCAACAUCCGUCCUUCUCUAUUGUCCAUAUACACAAUUAAUGAUAUUUUAAGUGAUACUGUUCAUCUUCCGACCCAAGGAGGGGGUUAUUGGGAAGGCCUUAUCAUUAGAGGAAGAUGGAGUUAAGAGUUGGAAAUAAAUACAGGCUUGGCAGGAAGAUUGGUAGUGGGUCUUUUGGAGAUAUAUACCUGGGAACGGAUAUAUCAAAUGGAGAGGAAGUGGCCAUAAAGCUAGAAUGUGUUAAAACUAAGCACCCGCAGCUACACAUUGAAAGUAAAAUUUAUCGAAUGAUGCAGGGAGGUGUGGGAAUUCCAACAAUCAAAUGGUGCGGAGCAGAGGGUGACUACAAUGUUAUGGUCAUGGAGCUUCUUGGCCCUAGCCUUGAGGACCUAUUCAACUUCUGCUCACGAAAAUUUAGCCUUAAAACAGUCCUGUUACUGGCAGAUCAGCUGAUCAGCAGAAUAGAAUACAUACAUUCGAAAAAUUUCAUACAUCGGGAUGUUAAACCUGACAAUUUCCUAAUGGGCCUUGGUAAAAAAGGAAACCUAGUGUACAUUAUUGACUUUGGUCUAGCAAAAAAAUAUCGUGAUGCAAGAACACAUCAACAUAUACCAUACAGAGAGAAUAAAAAUCUCACCGGAACUGCUCGAUAUGCCAGUAUCAACACUCACUUAGGCAUUGAACAAAGUCGAAGAGAUGAUAUGGAGUCUUUGGGCUAUGUCUUCAUGUACUUCUUGCGUGGAAGUUUACCAUGGCAAGGUCUUAAGGCAGCAACUAAACGUCAGAAAUAUGAACGUAUCAGUGAAAAGAAAAUGUCAACCCCAAUUGAGGAAUUGUGUAAAACUUUUCCAUCUGAGUUCGCCACUUAUCUAAAUUUUUGUCGUUCAUUGCGAUUUGAUGACAAACCUGAUUAUUCCUACCUAAGACAGCUAUUCAGAAAUUUAUUCCACCGGCAAGGCUUUACAUAUGAUUAUGUUUUUGACUGGAAUAUGCUCAAAUUUGGUGGUAGGGGCACAGAAGAAUUAGAGAGAGAUCGCAAGAUGCAUAGCUCCACAGCUAGGGCACUGCCUGUCACUGCAUUGCCUAGACGCACAGACCAAAUGGCAGUUCAGCCAGGACCAAACUCAGGGGACUUCAACAAUGCUUCACCCAGACCAAUAUCCAGAGAAAGAGAACGCCGCACCAGCACCAGACUUCAUCGAGGUAUUCCUACAAGUACAGAGAUGCAGAGAGAAGCUUCACGCAUGACCAUGGGUCAAGCUCAGCAAGGCAGCAUAAUAUCAGGUCUUGCUCCAGGUAUAGUUGGUAGACGAGAGAGUGGAUCUAGAGAGGAUGUUCAGCGCUCUGGAUCAUCUAAACACGUAGGUUAUGAUAAAAAAUGAAAGCCUAAUCCACAUCCGCCCUUUUGUGCAUGAAGGAACAACUUAGACUACAGACCUUAAGGAUGGAAGAAUUUCCUGGUUGUAGCAGCUAUGUUUGGUGCUGAAGUGGAGGGACGCCAUACACUUUUUUCAGUAUUUCUUUAGGACUCUUUUUUAAAAAGCAUAAUUGAAAGCAAAAGAUACCAAGAUGGUUAUGUAGUGGGGUCAUUUAGUUCAUGGUGUAUUCACUUACUGCUCCAACAACUUUGUGUUACACCAUUUUUAAUGUCAGCAAUAUACCACCAAGCAAAUGUAAACUUUUCAACUAAUAUAUUUAAUAAUCUAGCAUAAUACCUAGUUGAGAUUAAAGGAAUAUCAGAUACAUUUUUUUUAUAACAUGGGAUAAGUGAAGGAUAAGAAUUGCUGUUUGAAGUGUUUCCUUUGACUUGUACUCUAAAGGGUUUACAGUAUUUUGCUAAAAAGUGAUUUUUUUUCUUGUGAUUAAUUUCUGCACACUUAAUUUUCUUUGCCAUGUUAGAUAUCUUAGCUGGCUUUACUAUGGUGGCUGUGUGUAUGUGUGCCCAUCAUCUCCCCCCUCCCUAGGCUGCUGUCCCAAUAUGCUCAGCUUGCACUAAUUGUUCUGGUCUCUUCAACUGUUUGCAAACCUCAUCAUUCAAUUCUUUUCCUCAUCAAGAGCUAGUGUACAAACUGUAACAUAAGAGUGAAAGCUUAUCAACAUUUUUCCCUACUUGUAAAUAUUUUUUGGAGUGAUCUGUAUACCAGAGUGGAUGAAUCUAUAUUUUUUUUAUUUGUUCUAUUGAUGCUUGCUUCUAUGCUACAGUAAUGAAUGUUUCUAUGUAGUUUAAAAAAAUAUAUUUUUAUUGUCUUUCUGUUGUCACAGGUUUGCUAGUUCUUGGUGCAUGCUCUCUGUAGCUUUACAACAGUAGAUAUGGGAAUGAAAGAAGCAGUUAUCAUUGGCAUACUUUAUUACAACCUUUUCACAAAUAUUGUCCAUGGAAAUAAGAAUUACAUUGAUAUGUUUAUAUAUAUAAUUUCAUUGUUUACCUUGAUUUCAACAUGCAGUAUAUGUGACUGAACAAUUCUGAUAUAAUGUAACAAAUACUAAGCUUUAAAAAGCUGAACAAGUCUAGUUGAUAUGAUUGUUUGGGACCAAUUAUUGCUUGAAUCAAAUAUAUGACUAAUCAACAAAUUGUAUGUAAUACUUGUAUGUUUAUCUCAAAACGGACUAUGAUAGAUGUGGUUUUUCUUGUGUGUCAGGCCUAAUGAAAACUAUCCGUUUCUAAAAUAGCUACAUCACUACUUAGAUAGCAGAGAGAGCUGUGAUCAGCUUCCUAAUUGUAUAUAACUUGUCUGGUGCAUGCAGCUAUUUUUGUCACAUUAUGGAUAACAUAGAUGUUUUUGGGGAACAAUAAAUUCUUGAUUACUUA